GAAAGCAAUAUAAUGUGUUUUUUCAUUAUAUAGUUACCAUGUUUGAUUUUUUUCUCAAAUCUAUAUUUAUGAACGGAAACACCUGCUAUAAAAAUCGAUAUACGAGCAUGUAUAUAUCGCAAUGAAUGGAAGAUAUUUGGUAGUUAACAGUAAAAUGUGUUUUUGGACCAGGAAGUUAAAGUUAGAGAUGUUUUAUGAAACCAGGCGUGUAUAUUUAAAAAGCUAUAUUUAAGAGAAGUAUAUUGUAAAGGAGGGUACAAACUGACAUGUGUACAACAAUAAAUGCUGUAACAUUGAUUGUUUGCGAAUGUUGGUUUUGUGGCAACACAUGAAACAAAUUAAAACUAUGUUUUAAAUAGCAACAUCUGUCAAUACAAAACAUGCGGCUUCGGAUUUGUUUAAUUGGAAUCGUUGCUGCGGGUUUGCACUCAAUCGUGCAAUCUCAAAUCCUCGCCUGUGAACCUGGAUACUGGGGCGAUAAAUGUAAACCAUGCUCGCAUAAAGGUUGCAAAUGCACUAAUACGGAUAACUGUCCAGGAUGUAUAGAUGGAUAUUACUCGGACCAUUUAUUAUGUAAACAAUGUACUGAGGUUUGUUUAAAAUGUACAAACGCAACGAUUUGCAAAGAAUGUAAACCUGGAUAUUCUGGAAAUACGUGUCAAAUUGUAUGCUCCUCAACAAACUGCAUUUGUUCAAGUCAAGGACAGUGUGAUAGGUGCGUUGAGGGGUAUCACAAUACGCUCAAUAAUUGCACUGACAAGUGCAAACCAAACUGUCUGACGUGUUUAGAUGAAGAUACUUGCAUUGCCUGCAAAUCUGGAAAGUACGCAAAGGAUUGCGAUUUGAAUUGCUCUCGAGGAUGCAUCGGUGGCGUAUGUACGUUCAUGGAUGGGACAUGCGCAUGUGCUCCAAACUUUAUUGGCGAUAAGUGUGAAUAUUGUGCUCCGGGAUAUUAUGGCGCCCUUUGCGAAACUUGCCCUUUAGGAUGCUUUGAUCACAUUUGUAACAAAUUAGAUGGAACAUGUGAGGCAAAUGGAUCACGAACAUCUGGGUGCAAAGAUGGGCUUUGGAAUGCACGUUGCACUGAACGUUGCCGCGAUAAAUGCCAGUUUUGCAACCAAACAAAUGGGGAAUGUCUCACGUGUCUAACAACGAAUGUCUAUGGUUGUAAUUGUGAUUUUGAAUGCAGCAAGCACUGCCUUAACCAGUCGUGUUCCAUGAAUGGUGAAUGCAAUCUGGGAUGUGCCACCCAUUUCUUUGGUAGGAAGUGUGAUAUUCCGUGUCCAGAAAACUGUGCUGACAGAGGACUUAGCUCACGUUGUUCCAAUGACAACGGAACGUGCAUGUUCGGAUGCAGAGAUGGAUUCAUCGGGGCAACAUGUGCACAAGUUAUUGCAGUAACUGCAGAAGUUGGUAAAGAUGCUAGCGGCCAUACUGCGGCUGCUAUCGGAGGAGGCGUGGCGUCCGUUGUCAUUGUUCUUGCAAUUGUAUUGAUACUGAUGGUGAUAUAUAUUCACAAAAGGCGCAACAAGCAUGACCAAACAUCUGACUAUGAAACAACGCAAAGAUCUGAGAGUGGGUCCACGGAUAUUCACCUGUAUUCUGGGCUGCAUGGGAAUAAUAUUUAACAGAACACUUCCCAGAAUGUCACAUAUGUACGGCGUUGACCAGAACCAUGUAACCGUUGGAAACCGUGAUGGAGCAAGUUUCACUCGAAAAACAUACACAAUAUUUAAUGCUCAUAAGAUGUGUCCGUUUGCGAGCUACGUGAUUGACAUUUAAACAUGGUUGGUUUGCAACGAUUACAGCAUUAGUCACCGAUUGAAAUUUGAUGUUGUGUUGACAAUUAGCUAAACAAAAAUACAGAUUUAUGCGUUUUACAAUUGGCGAUGAAUUCGAACAUGUGAUAUGAAAAGCUUUACUUAGUAAGUACAAUUUCUUGAUAAUUGAUAGGCAAUCAGUAAAAAAUAAAUCAAUUAAGUUUA